AUGGCACCCAAACGGCCGCUGGACUCGGUGGACGACACAGGGGGCGCCGAGCCCAACACCAAGAAGCCCCGCAAGGGCGGCUUCCGCGUCGGCCCCGACAACCUGCCCGACGGCACCUGGCGCCGCAAGGUCAUCAAGAUCAAGAAGGACCUGAUCCAGAAGGCCAAGAUCAAGAAGGCCUACUCCAAGAUCAAGGCUGCCGAGCAGAGCAGCAAGGCCGACCAUGAGAAGAGCAACACCGUAGAGCGGCCAGAGGGGGACGGCCAGGAUGAGGGCGAGGGGGAGGGGGAGGGGGAGGGGACACAGCAACCGCAGGCCGAGCCACAGCUGCACCCGGAGCGCCAGGCCAUGCUGGACGAGGACGAGGCGGAGCCCGAGCCCGAGCCCGAGCCGCCGCGACGGGCCCGCGACCAGAGGCCGGAGCGGCCGCGCGGCCGGAAGCAGCAGCAGCCGCCGCGCCGGCCCGGGUACUACGACAAGGCUCUGGAGCAGGCGUCGCGCAGGAAGGAGGAGCAGGAGCAGCGCGAGCGCGAGGUGCAGCGGCGGCUGGACGAGCGCAACCGCAAGACGGCCGAGCGCGAGCGCUACCGGCGGGCCAUGGCCAAGGCCAAGACGCCCGGCCGCGACGGGCAGCGCAGGCUGGGCCGCGAGAGCGGGCUCCUGCUCGAGAGGGUCAAGAAGAUGACGGGCAGCUGA